CAGGAAUUGACAAGGACGUCCGACACAGUGGCUGUUUAGGAUCACUACGGCGGUAACUUGAAGAACGAAACGGAAAGGGCCGAGUCAAUGGGUCUGCAAGUCAGUCUGAUAAUCGAGCUUGUAACAAUAUAAAAGCAGCAUUCCUCGAAUCGAAGUGCACUCGGCACCCCAGUGAAACUCCAACAAUCACUUCACCGUGACAUUAGAUCUAGCAAUCAUGAAAGGAUUGUUGUCGCUUGUUCUCGUCUCCAUCGCUCUCCUGCAGAUGACAGCAGCAGCACCCACUGCGUCAGAGCGCUCCCAAGAUGUCGAGAAGCGCAACGUUUAUUUUGGCCAAUACGCUAAGACUGAUAAAGACGACAAAGACACCCCUGAGACCGAGACUAGAGAUGUCGAGAAGCGCAGCUGGUGGCUUGGCAAAUACAAGCCUGAUGAAGACGAUGAUGAAGUUCUUGACAGCCCCGAAGCCUAAGGUUAUAGAAGCGCCAGGACGUCUCCGAGACUGG